AUAUGUCUAAGGAACAACUUGCAAUAUUGUUUGAAACAGCUAUAAAGACAAGAGGAAAUAUGGAGUAUGCAAAACAUGAAUUUAAGAGAUUGACGGGAAUAUAAUUAUAUUCAACUAGAUAUGCAGAUUAUGUGAAAACAUGGCUUAAACCAGGAUUAUUAGGAUUUAAAGAUUGUUAUAUAUUUUCAGUUGUAAAGUCAUUAAGAAGAUCUGAUUUUUAUUAAAAACAUACAAUGAUUUAACCGAUAACAGUAUUGUCAAUGUUAAGAAUAUUGGAUCAUGAUAUAGAAGAAUAUAAAGAUGACUACUUUGUAAUGGAUUUUAGAGACAGUGCGUAGAGAUUGUAGGAAUUGUUGAAAUGUUAUGCUAGUUGUUUUUCGGAUUCAAGAGAAGAGAGAUACAGUAAAUUUUCAAAAAUAACAACAAGACAUCAAUUUAAAAAGAUCUAUUUUUAUUUAUAAUUAAUGGAAGAAUUUAGAAGAAUUAAUAGAUUUUUCACAAAUCAUGUAAAUCAAUUAACAUUUCAUCCAAUGUUGUAUAAAAGUAUAGAAUAAAAUAAGUCAUGUCCUAUUUAUAAAUUAACACUAUUGGAGAAUGAUUAUUCAAGAAAGUUAUAGUUAUUUAAUGAAUCGAAUAAUAAUGAGAAUGAAUAGUUUUCAGUACUUUUGAAACCUAAGAAAAAAAGGAACUCUUAAAAGUCUGGGAAUGAGGAAGAGAAAAACAAAUAGAAGGAAUAAUAAAAUCCAUAUGUUUAUUAAUUGGAAGAGGAAGAUUUAGUAAAAUAGAUAAAAGUACCAAAGAAAGUUAGUGAAACAAAGAAGAAAUAUAAAGAUUAUAGAUAUUUUAGAGGUCAUUUUAUUAGAGAAGGAUAGUAUUAGUGUAAAGGAUUAACAACAAAAGAUUUCGAAUAUGAUGUUCCACUUGAAUAAUGAAAGAGG